UCAGUUCCGGCCAGCAGAUUUUCCCAGAAUAACCACUUCUGAGUCUCUUAAAGAAACCAGAUACACAGCUUAGCUGAUAGCACUUUUAUCUCUGCAUCAAAGGGUUAUUGGUUUCAAACUCCAGUCUGGAGACUUCAGAACAAAAAUCCAACCUGACGUGCCAAUGCAGUGCUGAGUGGAUGCUGCAGUGUCAGAGAUAACCAUGAUGCCUCAAGAAUUCAUUGGCUGGAUGGCGGUCGUUGGAUAAGCAGCAAUAAGCUUGCCACUGAUCUGCUGGGGACGCAAUGAUGCUGAAUGCUCGCUUCCUAAAGUCUGUGCUACCGGCCUCUGCCAGAAAUUUGAUCCGAACUGGACUGCUGCGGGCUGUGGCCACCUCCGGGCUGUCCGAAGGUUUCAAGCAAGCCAACAUUGUGAUAGUGGGCAAAGAGCUUGCUGAUGAUUUUGAGAAGUUUUGUUUGGCAAACAAUGGACCACUGCCAUUACUGUACAGGAGUAAACCUGGUGAGUGGAGCUCCCCACCACUCAGCACCGCUUCUGAUAUAAGGACUGAUUGCCCACAGUACAUCAAAUACGAGGGAGGAAAUGUCACAGGCAAUCUAAGCAGCCUCAUGGAAUGCACCAAGCAGUUGAAGGACAUGGUUACGUUUUAUCUGGGAUGCAGCUUUUCCUUUGAGAGAGCACUCCUCGAGGCUGAUGUUCCAAUAAGAAACAUUGAACAAGGGCGUAACAUCAGCAUGUUCAGGACGUCCAUUCCGUGUGUUGGGGUUGACGGUUUUCAGUGUAACAUGGUGGUCACUAUGCGACCUAUCCCCGUAGACAAGCUUGAUGCAGUUAUGAAAGUAACCCAUCACAUGGAGGAUGCCCAUGGUGCUCCUGUACACAUUGGCCACCCAGGAUUAAUUGGAAUUGAAGACUUGUCCAAUCCAGAUUUCGGGGAUGCAGUUGAGGCACAUCCUGGUGACACUGCAGUGUUCUGGGCCUGUGGAGUCACUGCAACAGAGGCUAUUCGCAGCUGCAAAUCCCCUCUGGCUUUCACCCAUGCUCCUGGCUGCAUGUUCAUUACUGACCUGAGGAGUGAGCAGGAGGUGAGCAGUAACUAUGCUGCUGACACAGAAACCCCAUGUGUUUUCUGCAUUUCUCAGAAUCCGCUCCACUAUAGCGUUGCCUCAGUUACCACAGUUAAGAAAUUCAAGGCCCUGGACACUCUGAUUCAGCAAGACCCAGGCAAUCGAGGUAUCAAGCAUUUAUUACUUGAAAACCAACUGCUGAAAGCCUGCCUCUCCCUGUCACAUGCAAGAUCUGUGCUCAUCACCACUGGAUUUCCAACCCACUUCAAUCACCAGCCUCCAGAGGAGACGGAUGGUCCUCCAGGAGCUAUUGCCAUAGCAGCUAUGUUGCAGGCUCAGAAGAAAAACGUCGUCAUAGUAACAGAUCAAAGAGCCUUAGAGAUGAACAAAAAGAUUAUUGAAGAAGCUGUUGAGCAAGGAGUGCUGAAAACCUCCGUCCCUGUCGUUAGCUUCCAGAAUGAUGAUGAAGAUUCAUCCCUAAAGUUCCUUUGUCAUGAUAAAAAUCCGCAGUUUCCAAGGUUUGACCAUCUCGUAGCAAUAGAACGUGCUGGAAUGGCUGCAGAUGGCAAUUACUACAACGCAUGGAAAGUGAACAUUAAGCACUUGGUGGAUCCAAUUGACAAACUGUUCCUUGCAGCACAGAACAUCCUUGGAAUUGCCACAACAGGUAUCGGAGAUGGAGGGAAUGAACUGGGAAUGGGAAAGGUGAAAGAGGACGUCAAAAAAUACAUUCACAACGGGGACCUGAUAGCUUGCAACGUUGAAGCAGAUUUUACAGUCAUUGCAGGUGUAUCAAACUGGGGAGGUUAUGCUGUAGCCUGUGGUCUCUACAUUCUCAACAACUGUACAAUCCAUGAACGCUACCUGCGCAAAGCAGUUGGAUUCCCUAAGACCUCUGAAAUGGAUGAAUAUAUUUCAGCACUGCCGACUGUCCAUAAGGAAGAAAAGCUACUGGAAUUGCUGGUGAAACAUGGAAUUCGAAGUGGAAAAACUGGGAAUUUGGGGAUGGAAGUGGACGGCUUGCUGUUCCAUGACACGCACUCAUCUAUGAUCAAACAGCUGUUGGAAAUCACACUGGGACAGGUCCAAUCAAACUAGUUCACAAAGUGGGCGUGCAGGAAGCUUUAAUAUAGAAUUACAAUCAUUCUUGCUGACCUUUUAACUGCAUAAGUUCCAGUUAGGUUUACACUAACUAAUUGAUAUAUUUUCACAACAGGUAGGUUAUAAUGCAGUGUUACUUUUCUUGAUUAAUUUCAUGUUUUUAUGGCUGUGUUGUGCUUCCCAUUUCACUUCAAAAAUUAAUACAAUCUCAUCUUCCCACAAAA